AGUUAGCGCGGAACGAGCGACGCGUGCGCACGUCGCGGCCCCCCUCUAACAUACGAUCGCGAACAAACUGUGCCUCAAUCGUGCCCGUUACAAUAGUGUUUAUAACAGUGCUUGUUUACUUUUAAAAAAUUAACACUAAAGGAACGGCUGAACGUGCACAACGAAAAAGAUUACGAUCUUGUCUGCAAUGUUGCUCUGAAAUCUAGAGUACACGAGACAACUUAUAUACGAGUAGCGAGACGACAAUGUGACGAGGUGAUGAGAGAGCGAGACCAUCAUCUGCAUAAUCUUUCAAUUCGAUAGAUCAAAGAUGGCGCUGCUGUGGUGCGUGGUUGCCUGUGCGUUGGCAGGCGCGUUCGCGCAGUCAAAUUACGAUUCGCAAGCUAACAAUAUAGAAUAUCAAGGGGAGGGGCUGCCGGAGCAAACAGUUUUAGAUGGAAAGGUUACGAAACUCGAUGACUUGAGUCCAAUCAUCUUUUUGAACAGAACCAAGGCAGAGUUGAACUGCACAGCGGGUUCUAUGCAGGUUGAGCUGAAAUUCCAUGAAAAAUUCUACGGGAUAGCGUACGCAGACUUCGAUCGGCAUUCGGCAUGCCAGGUCCGGGGCAAGGGGCUCCUUUCGUACAGACUGGAGUUGCCCCUAAAAGGGUGUGGCACGAGACAGGAUCCACUUCGAGUAUUCACAAACAACAUAGUGGUCCGGUUCCACCCCAACCUAGAGAUGGAAGGUGACGAGGUGAUCACCAUCGUGUGCCGGUACCCGCCUCCAGUGGUGCAAGAACCGGUGCCCAACGCCAUCUUGUCCCCAAGUCCAGUCAGUCCCCUGUCGGUACAUUCACCGUUGGCCGGUACACAUAUUCUGAUGAUAAUAUGCGCAAUAUUGUUCCUCACUCUACUCCUGCUUGGUCUUGGCGUGUCAUAUCUGUGCUUGCGCCGGCGAGCCGUACCCGUUGCUAGAAGACUUAUUGAUGACUCUUCUGGUUCUAUUAUUAGUAGGGAGAGUAUACAAGAGGUCAAAAUCCCUCGAGCUCACCCGGUGUACCCGGUGGCGGCAGAGAGCGCUAGUGUCGCGUCAGACACUAUACCAUCAGACUACCCGUCGGAGACUCCCAGUGAAGCGGAACAUGCGCACACCAACCAAGCGUUCAUCGUAGACGAAUAUCAUAGCGAAGGAUAUGGUGAGGCGCACGAGGCACACGUAUCUAACGGGCGCAUGGUGGGCGUGGCGCCCGCGUUCGACGUGCGCGUGCGCGUGCAGCGCCCCCCCGCGCCGCCCUCGCCCCCAUCUACCGUCACGCUCACGGAGACCGACGCCGGAAGUAUACGGCAAACAACAAUGAUGGAACAAGAGCGCCAGGAGUCCGUGCGCACGGUGUCUCCGGUGGCGCUGCCCCUCCCCGCGCGCGCCGCGCACCUCCCCCCGCCCGAGCGCCCGCCACGGCCCCCCGCGCACUCACACUACAAGCAGGAGUGGUCGAGGCGGCCGCGCUCCAUCGUGUCCCUCAGCACGGAGAUGACGGACACCCACUCCGUCACGGAGGUCACUGACCGCUCACACGCUAGAAUGUUCCACAUCAGGAACAAAUCUGUUUUAUUUCUAAAGAAACCUCCUCCGCCUCCUCCUAUGAUGAGCGAGCGUCUGGAGUCUGAAGAGCAAGAAGUUCUAAUGGAGAGUUUGGAGCCAAUACCUGAAACGCCUAUCAUUCCAGCCAGGAAACCCGAAAUCACGUCUCAUGUAGUAGACGAUGUAUUCCUUCGCACGAUAACCGAAAAGAAGACCAUAGAAGACAUAGAGAGGCACAAACGCUUGGUGACCGAGUACAAACAAGUACCGCCACCGCCCCCGCAGUUUGACGUUACAAUACGUAACCACACUAUGCCUGAAGCGCAAUGGGAGAACUUCUCCGACAUCAGCAGUGCGUCAGGAAUGACGCUGACGCCGAAGAUGGAGAGGAUGCCACUGUCAUUACCGCCCCAGAAGUAUAUAGGUAAAGGCGGUCCAGAUCUAUUCUCGCCGGAGCUGAUAAAGCAGACAGACCGUUCGAGUCAGGUGUACCACCCCCCCGCGCCAUCUCUACCUCUGUUGCCGGAGUUGCCGCCCGCACGCAACCCUCUCUAUAGGGAGGAGGACGACGAGGACGUGCCGGAGCCCACGCCUGCGCCGCCCGUACCGCCCAACUGGAGCGUGCUCACGAGGGUGCUGAAGACUGAAGCACAGGAUGAAAUUCUAUUGGACACGGAACGUUCGCUCCGGCUGACGCGCGAGGAGCGCCUCCGUUGGCGCGAGCUGAUCACCCACGAGAGUACGCUGCGGCGCGAGCUGGCGCGCUCCAGCACCAGGGAGGAGUUCUCGAGGGUCGCCCACGACCACCGCUUCGCGCCGCUCUACGCCCCGCACAAGUGGGAGGUCAUCAUACGCAUACUAGCCCCCCCACCGGAUAAGCCCAAGAAUCGUUACCGCAAGAAGACAGAAUGGGAUUCGCGAUCUAGACGCAGUUCUUUGCCCACGUUGUACGAGUAUGACAGCGACGCGACAUCCCUUAGAGAGCCGCAGAGGUCCAGGCGUUCUUCAUACCGCAGCGACCACGUUGAUAUGAGGUCGAUGUCUGAGAUGAUGGUUGAUUACGCCCGCGAGCAAGCGGACACUCAUUCAGAAGUGUCUGGCACUCAGCUCGGCAGGUACUACGACGAUGACAGCGACUCCGAGCAUCCCUUCCAUAAUCCACAAUCGUGGGGCCGCCACUCGCUGCACCGGUCCGCCAGCCAGCCGUCGCUCGCGCGCUCAGCCACGGAGGUGGUGGAGCAGUGGACCGCGCCCGACGGUGACGUCACACCCACGCCCGGACGACGGAUCAGAGGUCCUCAAGGUUUAUCUACAUUCACAUCAUCUGAAGUUCGCACGUUCCAAGCGUCAUCGAGAGAAUGGCGCGAAUAA